GUUUUUCAGCCUCAUGAAAAACUACAUUUUCCAGAACGCAUCAGUGUCAUCGCAAGCGGUUGUUGUCAAACACGGGAAAGCCAGCGGUGAGAGUGACGGGUCUCAUCAUGCAGCCGUUAGUCGACAUUCUGAAAUGGUUUGGAGUCAAGGCAAGUGGAUGGUCUGUGUCUGUGUGCCUUUUUCUGCUGUUCUUCAGCCUCCUUUACUGGUACUCCAUCUCCCCUUUCUCUGUCUUGGAGCGAUGUGGCAUCAAGCACCCAAAGCCCUCACCGUUUUUCGGAAACCUCAUGAUGUUUCGAGACGGUUUCCUUAAGCCACAAUCUGACCUAAUAAAGAAAUAUGGACGAAUUUGUGGUUAUUAUAUAGGCCGGCGGCCUAUAGUGAUCAUAGCAGACCCAGAUAUGCUCAGACAGGUGAUGGUGAAGGAAUUCAAUAAAUUUCCCAACAGAAUGACUGUCAGGGGCAUGACUAAACCCAUGAGCGACAGUUUGAUCAUGCUGAAGGGCGAACAGUGGAAACGAGUGCGCAGCAUCCUCACACCGACCUUCAGUGCUGCCAAGAUGAAAGAGAUGGUUCCCCUCAUCAACAUGGCCACAGAGACGUUACUGAGAAACCUGAAGAGCCACGCUGAGUCCGGGAACAGCGUUAACAUUCACAAGUGUUUCGGCUGCUUCACGAUGGAUGUUAUUGCCAGCGUGGCGUUUGGUACGCAGGUGGACUCUCAGAACAAUCCGGAUGAUCCUUUCGUGAACCACGCCUCCAAGUUCUUCGCUUUCACCUUCUUCAAACCCAUCAUGAUAUUCUUCAUGGCUUUUCCAUUUCUGCUUAAGCCUCUUGCUGGUCUCCUUCCCAAUAAAUCAAGAGAUGAGAUGAACAGCUUUUUUAUCAAAUGUAUUCAGAAAAUGAUUAAACAAAGAGAUGAUCUUCCCCCGGAACAGCGGAGGCGAGACUUUCUGCAGCUGAUGCUGGACGUCAGGACCGGCAACAAGUAUAUGUCUUUGGAGCACUUUGAUGUGGUCAAUGACGCAGAUGAACAGGCUUGCACCGAACAGGAGAUGGACAGCGGGCAGGAAAAUGGACCAGGAAACGAGUCCACCAAGCGCGCCCAGCAGAAGAGAAUGAUGACGGAGGAUGAGAUUGUCGGUCAGUCCUUCAUCUUCCUGUUGGCUGGUUAUGAGACGAGCAGCAACACACUAGCGUUCGCCUGCUACCUGUUAGCACUCCAUCCAGAGUGCCAGAAAAAACUCCAAGAGGAAGUGGAUGAGUUCUUCAGCAGACACGAGACUGCAGAUUACACUAAUGUCCAAGAGCUGAAGUAUUUAGACAUGGUUAUAAGUGAGUCUCUCAGACUCUACCCACCUGCGUUCAGAUUUGCACGAGAUGUUGAUCAAGACACUGUGGUGAACGGCCAGCUUUUGCCUAAAGGAUCAUCUCUGGAAAUCGCUACAGGUUUCCUUCACACUGACCCAGAGCACUGGACCGAACCUGAGAAAUUCAUCCCGGAGAGGUUCACUCCAGAAGCCAAGGCCAGCCGGCACCCAUUUGUGUAUCUGCCGUUUGGAGCGGGGCCACGCAGCUGCGUGGGCAUGAGAUUGGCCCAGCUGGAGAUCAAAAUGGCUCUGCUUCACAUAUUUAGGAGGUUUAACAUGAUGGCCUGCGAGGACACUGAGGUUCCUCUGGAGUUGAAGUCGCACACCACCCUUGGACCCAAGAAUGGUAUUUUGGUCAAAAUCACCAAGAGGGAGAAUUUUGAGGAUGAAUCCUGAUGGAGUUUUAGUUGUUACUUGGGCAGUUUGAUCUAAUCCAUUCUAAUCAUAUUAUUUAGAAUGGAUCGAUUGCCUAAAAUCUAAAUUCUUAUUCUGGAAUCACCUGACAACUAAAUAAAAUGUAUCUGUGCUACUCGUUUAAAUGAAACUGAAUUCAACACUAUUAAUUUACUACUAAGGCACAGAUGUACAUAUGAGAAAAGCAUCACACAUACGCACAAGUCCCUCAAAUGUAAAUGCAACGACAGUACAUGGAAGAAAAUCUGUUUGAUGCAAGUGAUUUGAUAGCAGGAACUGGGAUUGGACAUGUCUUGCCUUUACUGCCAGUGACAUAUUUGAGCUGCUGAUGAUUAUGCUGAUUUUAAAUAAUUGAUAUUACAUUAAGCUGCAAUGAAGACCCAGAGUGAUGUGAUUUUUAAGAGUUGAGUGUACAGAGUAUGAUGCAAGUUGAAUGUGAUCGUUUAAUCAGAGUAUAAACUCCACAAACUGACAUUUUCAAAUAAUUUGAAAUCAAACGUAUUACAUAAAUAGUUUUUCAGUCAGAAUAGGGUUAUUUAUCUUCAGUUACACAUUUCAUUUGAUAUCAACAUUUUAGACCCACACAUCAAAGGAAUGUAUAAAUGCUACGAUUUUGGGAGCUUCUACCUAGAGAUCUGGUUAACAGAACUACUCUCUUAGAGCUUGUCUUGGUAAAUAAAACCAAGUUACUGUACUGUAGACUUCUCACUUCUCAGUUUAACCACAAGAGGUCACAGUAAUUAGAGAAUCUGUUACUACUCUAUGUAGUCUGUGACAAACACCCGCUUCUGAUCUUCAACUGAUUUCCUUCUACAUGUUCUGCUUCCUCUUGCCUGUGUCUUAAUCUGUGAUUUUGUUUUCAGUAUUAAAUGCUGCAAAUCAUU